CCCGCCCCCAAGCCCCCCCCCCUUGCCCGGCGCGUCGGGGAGGGGCCUUCCACCCGCUUCCACCCCUUUCUCCUCUUCCCAUCUGGCUCCUUUGUCACCCCCCUCUCCCCUUUGCGGCGCCACAGUCUCCCCUCUCUCCCCUCUCUCGCGCCUUCUACUCUUAAGUGCACACCGCUGACGAGCUUCUUAUCUGUCCCCUUCUCACCCGCGCCCGUCUCUCCAACCGCCCCUGCACCGCAUCGCACGAUACAUUGUCCCACGCAGGUCGUCAACGCCCAGCCACUACUAUCAACGUGAGUCGAUCUGUCCAGUCUGCCUGUGGGCGCGAGAUGAGAGGGGGGGACGCAUAGUGGGUGGAGCGACGCGUCGGCUGAGGACGGGUCUGCGACGUGGCAACGGGAAAGCCCCGUUUUCGCGCGUCCGUGCGAUCGACCAUCACAUGGGAUACGUUGAUCCAUCCAUCCUCACCUCGCAUCUUGCCUGCGCCGCGCCGUACACGGGGUAGCGAUGGACGCUGGCUGGGGAGAUGCGUUGCGCAGAGUGCCCCCGCCGUUAUCGCAUCAGGGUUUAUCGGCCCACGCGAAUACGUGGCGCGCAGCAUGUCACGCUUUUUGCCCUCGUCGCCUCUGCCUCUUUCCCCAGUGAUCACCUUGGGGGCGAUUUUCUACCGUCGAGCAUGUCGCUGACCGGAUGUUCUCUAUAUAUUCUUCGACGUGUCCCUUUUCCCUUGCCCCAUCAUUUCACCGCACAGAAUGUCCACUGCCAACCGGGAAGACUCUGUUUACCUCGCCAAGCUCGCUGAGCAGGCUGAGCGAUACGAGGAGAUGGUCGAGAACAUGAAGGCCGUCGCCUCUUCCGACCAGGAACUCACCGUCGAGGAGCGAAACCUCCUUUCUGUCGCCUACAAGAACGUUAUCGGUGCCCGACGAGCCUCUUGGCGAAUCGUCUCCUCCAUUGAGCAGAAGGAGGAGUCCAAGGGUAACGAGGCUCAGGUCACCAUGAUCAAGUCCUACAGGGAGAAGAUUGAGGCCGAGCUCGCCAAGAUCUGUGAGGACAUUCUCGAGGUCCUCGACAAGCACCUUAUCCCCUCUGCCGCCUCUGGCGAGUCCAAGGUGUUCUACCACAAGAUGAUGGGUGACUACCACCGAUACCUCGCCGAGUUUGCCACUGGCGACAAGCGAAAGGACUCUGCCGACAAGUCUCUCGAGGCCUACAAGAACGCUUCCGAUGUUGCCGUCACCGAGCUCCCCCCUACCCACCCCAUCCGUCUUGGUUUGGCCCUCAACUUCUCGGUCUUCUACUACGAGAUCCUCAACUCUCCCGACCGUGCUUGCCAUCUCGCCAAGCAGGCUUUCGACGACGCUAUUGCCGAGCUCGACACCCUCUCUGAGGAGUCCUACAAGGACUCUACCCUCAUCAUGCAGCUUCUUAGGGACAACCUUACUCUCUGGACUUCUGACAUGAACGAGCCCGACUCUGAGAAGGAAGCAAAGGAAGAACCAAAGGCUGAGGAGGCUCCCGCCGCCGCCUAGAGAAGUGUAGAACCAGAGACUCAUGAUCGUUCGGGUUUUGGGAACUUCCCUCUGUUCCAAGUUUAAUGCAAUAGCAAACUCCUUUUAGCCGUCCGUCAACAAUCAACCUUCUUUUCAUGCCUCUUCGUUCUCCUUUUUCCCCUUUCUCUCUUGUGAUCAUGAAUUCGUUACUUCAGAAGCACAUCA